GCCGUGGCUUUCUCCUGCAGGCAGCCUGGCUGAGCAUCAACAUUUUCCUCUUCACGUACUAUUUUCUGUUCUUUGACCGAGACGAGCGAUACUUCUACACCAGGGCCAUCCUCGGGUCCGCCUUGGCGUGGGCACGAGCAUCGGCCAAGUGCCUCAACUUCAACAGCAUGCUGAUCCUGCUGCCCGUCUGUCGCAACCUCCUCUCCUUCCUCCGCGGGACCUGCUCGUGCUGCAGGCGGACGCUGCGGAAGCAGCUGGACCACAACCUCACCUUCCACAAGCUGGUGGCCUACGCGCUGGCCCUGCUCACAGCCGUGCACACCAUUGCCCACCUCUUCAACCUGGAGCGCUACAACCACAGCCAACAAGCCACCGACGGCAGCCUCCCUGCUGUCCUCUCCAAGACGCAACAAGGUCCGAAGGGGCGAACCCCCAUCCACUCCAACCAGACGACGGUCGAGUACGUGGCCUUCACCACCAUUCCCGGGCUGACGGGGGUCAUCAUCACGCUGGCGCUCAUCCUCAUGGUCACGUCUUCCACCGAGUUCAUCCGCAGGAACUACUUUGAGGUCUUCUGGUACACGCACCACCUCUUCCUCAUCUACUUCGCUGGCCUUGUCAUCCAUGGCAUCGCCGGGCUGGUGCGUGGGCAGACAGAGGAGAGCAUGGAGGAGGUGCACCCCCAUCGCUGUGCCCACUAUCUCACACACAAGGAUGAGGACUGCAGCCAUGACUGCUGCAAAGACCCCAAGUUUGGGAGCAUCCCUGCCGAGUCGUGGAAGUGGGUUCUGGCCCCCGUCCUUCUCUACAUCUUUGAGCGGAUCCUGCGGGUCUGGCGUGCACAGCAGAAGGUGGUCAUCACCAAGGUGGUCAUGCACCCUGCCCGCGUGCUGGAGCUACAGAUGCAGAAGAAGGGUUUCAGCAUGGAGGUGGGGCAGUACAUCUUUGUCAACUGCCCUGCCAUCUCCCUGCUGGAGUGGCACCCCUUCACCCUCACCUCGGCACCUGAGGAGGACUUCUUCUCCAUCCACAUCCGGGCAGCUGGGGACUGGACAGAGAGUCUCAUCGACACCUUCCAGCAGCAGAAGACAGAGAUGCCCAGGAUUGAGGUGGACGGCCCCUUUGGCACAGCCAGUGAAGAUGUGUUCCAGUACGAGGUGGCCAUGCUGGUGGGAGCAGGCAUCGGCGUCACUCCCUUUGCCUCCAUCCUGAAGUCCAUCUGGUAUAAGUUCCAGCAGGCUGACCAGACCCUCAAGACCAAGAAGAUCUACUUCUACUGGCUGUGCCGGGACACGGGAGCCUUCGCCUGGUUCAACGACCUGCUUGCCUCGCUGGAGCAGAAGAUGGCUGAGUCGGGCAAGGCGGACUUUCUCACGUACCGGCUCUUCCUCACCGGCUGGGACACCAGCAUCGCCAACAAUGUGGCGAUCCACUUCGACACCACUACGGACACAGUGACAGGCCUCAGGCACAAAACCAUCUUUGGACGGCCCAUGUGGAACACUGAGUUUGCAGCAGUGGCUGCAGCCCACCCCAGGUCGGUGGUUGGCGUGUUCCUCUGUGGGCCAGGGGCCUUGGCGAAGAGCCUGCAGAAGUCUUGCCACCAGCACUCCAGCCUGGACCCCAGAAAGGUCAAAUUCUACUUCAACAAGGAGAACUUUUAA